AGUCUUUUUCGGAAGGCGCUCUGAGACCCAGUGACCUGCUGGCUCAGUUCAAACAGAUUGAGGGCAGAACCAGGACUCAGAUCCGAGCUGCUGAACUCCUCGACAACACAGUGGAGCUGAUCAGAGAGAUGGUCUACACUAACACCAUGAUGCAGCCCAACCCUUACGAGCUGCUGAGUAAAGGAGAUGUGGAGAAUCUGCUGCAGGUGACCGGCUGCUCCGCUGUGCUCCAGACACCCAGCUGUCAGACAGACUGCCUCUCUGAGCGCUACAGAUCCAUCACAGGCGAGUGCAACAACAGACAACAUCCAAAAAGGGGCGCUGCAAACAUCCCGUACUCCCGCUGGUUGCCCCCGGAGUACGAGGACGUGUGGGGGACGCCCAGAGGCUGGGAUCCAAAGCAGACCUACCACAACGUCAGCCUGCCUCCGGUGCGACUCGUGUCUCAGGAAGUGCUGUUCACCCACAAUCACAACAUCUCGGUGGACUCCACUCUGUCCCACCUGCUGGUGGACUGGGGUCAGUGGAUAGACCAUGACUUGGUGCUGACGCCUCAGAGCCCCAGUACGGCCGCCUUCAGGACCGGAGCUGAUUGUUCCCACACCUGCAGCAGAGACACACCCUGCUUCCCCAUACAGAUCCCCCUCUCUGACCCCCGUUAUGGUGCCCAGAGCUGUAUGCCUUUCUUCCGCUCUGCUCCCAGCUGUGGUGCAGGUGUUUUGCCUCAGCGCCACCGGGAGCAGCUCAACGCCAUCACCUCCUUCGUAGACGCCAGUAUGGUGUACGGCAGCUCCACCGGCCUGGCCUCCGCUCUCAGGAAUCUCUCUUCUCCCGUGGGCUCGAUGGCCCUCAACCCCCAGCACUCGGACCAGGAUCUGGCCUUCAUGCCCUUCCUGCCGCGUCUGCAGGCUCACCUGGACCCCUGCGGCCCUCGCAACUCCACCGCCUCGGGGGCACCGGAGGAAGCAGCGCACCAUGUGAACGCCACGUCCUGCUUUCAAGCCGGCGAUUCCAGAGUCAACGAACAUCUCGGUUUGAUUGCGCUCCACACGCUCUUCCUGAGGGAGCACAACCGGCUGGUCAAAGAGCUGCACCUGCUCAACCUUCACUGGAGCCCUGACACCCUCUACCAGGAGGCCCGCAAGAUCAUAGGAGCCAUUCACCAGAUCCUAACGUGGGAGCACUACCUGCCCCGGGUCCUCGGUGAGAGUGCCAUGUCUCAUCUGAUGCCUCCCUACCAGGGUUACGACCCAGAUGUGGAUCCCAGCAUCGCUAAUGUAUUCGCAACCGCUGCGUUUCGAUUCGCCCAUGUCACCGUGCAGCCGGUGGUGAACAGGCUGGGUCCAGGGUACACCGCCAACUCAGAGUAUCCCCCGCUGCCGCUGCACCACUCACUGUUUGCCUCUUGGAGGGUCGUGCAGGAAGGUGGUAUAGACCCAGUGCUGCGUGGCCUGUUGUUGUCUCCGGCUAAGUUGCAGACUCCGGGUCAGAUGAUGGUGGAGGAGUUGACGGAGAGGUUGUUUCAGGCUCAGGGAGGCCUGCCUCUGGACCUCGGGGCCCUUAAUCUCCAGAGGGGCCGGGACCACGGUCUACCUGGAUACGGCUCGUGGCGAAGGUUCUGCGGCCUCUCCGUUCCCAGCAAUACGUCCGAACUGGCAGAAAUUCUGGGUAACUUCUCUUUGGCUCACAAGUUCCAGCGCCUGUACGGGACGCCGCACAACAUCGACGUGUGGGUGGGGGCCAUAUCGGAGCCCGCUCCUCCCGGAGGCCGGGUCGGACCCCUCCUGUCCUGCCUGCUCGCCAAACAGUUCAGAGCUCUGAGAGACGGGGACAGGUUCUGGUGGGAGAGGGAAGGAGUGUUCACCAGCUCCCAGAGGAGACACCUGCACGCUGCCUCUCUGUCCCGCAUCAUUUGUGACAACAGCCACAUCAGCCACGUCCCCGCCGACCCGUUCUCACGCACCGAGAGCCCGGAGGACAUGCUGCCCUGUUCCCAUCCGCUCGUCCCCCACCUCGACCUCAGCCCCUGGAGAGAACCGGACACAGAUCCCAGCUGCGGACCGAUACCCAGGAUUCAGUCGGGCUACUCCCUGCUCUGUAACUCUGUGAUUCUCUAUCGGUGUCAGUCUGGCUUCGAGCUGCUGGGCUCUUCAUCCAUCAGCUGCGACCAAAGCAGCCAGCAGUGGAGCUCCGCGCCCCCAACAUGUCAAGAUAUUGAUGAAUGUGAAGAACUCCUCUCUCCUUGUCCUCAACACCUACAGUGCCUCAACAUACCAGGUUCAUUUAUUUGCUCAGAGCCCUCCUCUCUGCCUGCGGUGUCUAUCGUCACUGCAGUGAUAGUGGUGGUUGGGGGCGUGGCCGUGCUGCUGAUGAUCAUGGUGUGUUAUCGAAGAUAUUUCCCAAAGAAAGAAGAGUUGGUCACGGCUCGGUGUUGUCAGAGGAAAAGUUAAUGCACAUUUUCACAGUUUGGUUGAUUUCUUUGUGAUAUUCCUGUGUAGCAUGAAAACUGACCACUGUAUCAUUUUUGUUUCCACUGAUAUGAAGACAGCUUCCACCUACAAAACACGGCCUGCUCGUAUUUUUGUCCUCCAGUCCGAGGGCGUAGCUAUUUAUUAAGGUCUACUGUAAUCUGUACAGCCGGGCCUUGAAAACAGGAGCUUACAGAAGUCCUUUCAAUCCGGAAACUAAAAUCUUACUGGAAUGUCUGCUCCAAAAACAGAUUUUCAGGCCGCAAAGCCCCUCUGAGCGGGAUGUCGUCUCUGAGUUUUCUCCACUGAGCCCGGUUCCUGCUUACAAACCCGUUGGGCAACUCUGUUUGUGUGUGUCAGAACCUUUUGUGUUGCAGCAGUGACCUUAUUGUAAAAAAAAACAAAUCAGUGACGUGCCCUGGCUCAAACAUCUGACUGUACAGGGCUCAGAUCAAUCACAGCGAUGACUCAUCAUCAAACCAAACCUCAUCCAUUGAGAACAAAGAGAUUUUACUCGGCCUACGAAAGAAACACAGAACAAAGCUGACAGCCAGGAUAUAAUGCUGUGUGUUUAAUGGGAGUGUUUAUACAUUUGAUUAUCAGUAAACUGAGGUCAAGGAACCUCUAAGCCCUUAAUGAGGCUAACAAGCAGUUAUUGCACUUUCUGAUACAAUAUUCUUCAUUUUUACCUUCACAGGACUUUUCUGGAAAAAAAAGGCCAUGAAUAAUAAUUCAUCUAUACUAUGAGGUACAACCAGUAUACACUGUGUAAUAUGGCUAUGGUCUGCAUUCAUGCAAAGUCACUUAUGGCUUUUACUGUAUGUACAUACUGUUUACGUGCAAAACUAUAGCUGAAACAUAUGACAAUCACUCAUAUUAAAGCUUGUUUUCUUCUUUUCUGUGUUGUAAAUCUCCCUCUAUUGAGUGUGUUGGCGUGAUAAUAAAUUAUUAACGAUACAUCUGAUUAUUACGUUCAGGCCUAAUGUGAAGCUUUUUUUAUUGCAACAUCCAGACCAGGAAGUGCGAGAGUGGAUCAACAAAAUAAAAGCCGUGCACAAAGAUUUGUCUGUGGUGUUUUUGAGCUAAAAGCAGCUAAGAGAUGCUAGUAAGCACUGUGUUCAUGUAAAAACAAAGACACCAGUCCCAAUCAUUGCUCCGUGGAAACAGUUGAAGUAUUACAUGACGUGGCUGUAAUACUCUGAGGUAAGAGACUAAACUCUCUGGACUGUUUCCGUUUUGUGUUGUGAUCAUCAUCAACACAUCAAUGAAACAUCAACAUGAGAAGCUGUGAUUUCUCCACCGGGGAGAUUUAGAGUAAUGGUAUUAAAAAAUAUUCUCCAGAUUACUGGAGACUAUUAGUGGAGGACAGUAGUUAGUUUCCUGUCAUGUGGUACAACAGUACAAUAGAUCUGACAUGUCUGGGAAUAACAUUAACAUCAUGUCAUUUGAUGUCUUCUCCGCAGCGUUGGCUUGUGUUUGUUUGUUUUUUUUUU